AUGGCUGCAAUUGUUCUUCACCACCACCACUUGUGCUUAAUAGCUUUCGGUUUUUUCUACAUCGCCUUUGCCUUUGCCUUCGAGCCUAGUCCUUUGCAAGAUUUCUGCGUCGCAGAUGCCUUCAACGCAGUGAGAGUGAAUGGGUUAGCCUGCAAGAACCCUGCAUCUGUUCAAGCCAGUGAUUUCUCCUUCAGUGGGCUGCACCUGCCGGGGAACACAUCGAAUGCUGUUGGCUCCUGGGUGACCCCAGUUUCGGCAGCCCAACUUCCAGGGCUGAAUACACUGGGAAUCUCUAUGGUGCGCAUAGACUACGCUCCGUGGGGAAUCAAUCCUCCUCACACUCACCCCAGAGCUACUGAAAUCUUGACAGUCCUCGAAGGCACCCUCAAUGUUGGAUUCAUCACCUCCAACCCUGAAAACAGAUUAAUCACAAAACAACUAGUGAAGGGUGAUGUGUUUGUGUUUCCAGUAGGACUGGUUCACUUCCAGCAGAAUGUGGGAACCAAGAAUGCUGUUGCCAUAGCUGCCCUGAGUAGCCAGAAUCCGGGAGUGAUCACCAUUGCCAAUGCAGUCUUUGGAUCUAAGCCCGAUGUUAGCUCCGACGUUCUUGCCAAGGCUUUCCAAGUGGAUAAGAGCAUUGUGCAGCAGCUCCAGUGGAAGUUCUAGUUCUAGUUCUAAAAUCCAACAAAACUUCUUCUUAUAUCGGGCCUUAGCCACCCCCAUUGCUUUCUUUCUUUCUAUAUGUGUGUUUGUUGUUUUGCCGUCAAGUGAAUUUGUUUGCAA